AUGGAGCCUACUUUUCCCCUGCUUCGACUACCCGAAAACGUCAUCUUAGAAGUUAUCAAGAAUAUGGCUAUAGAUCCAUUGUUCGAAUUCUCCCUAAUCUCAAGGAAAACUAAGAAUAUCGCGGCAUCAUUAGGAAUAAAAGCUCAAGCAUUUAUUACCAUUUGUCAUUUUAUUGACGUAUCUGUAUACUAUGGACCCAGUAAUAGGCUUUUCACGUUCUAUAACGAUCCGGUUGAUGCAUUGAUUCAUUUGGACUCAAAUCAACCUAUUUCUGCUUAUUCUCUCAAUGAAAACAAAACAGUUCGAUCAUCGACUCCAUUCAGUUUCAACAACUGGUUAGAUCACAUUAUGACUGUCUUCUGUUAUAAUAAACCAUCAAAUGUGGUUUUCGGGCUCGGAAAUGAGCGAUUUGAGAUGGAAUCGGUGAAAAAUGCAAUAACAAGUGCCAAUUAUCUUUCUGUAAAUGGGGACAAUGUUGAAUUUCGGAACAGGGAAAUUUUGGAGCAUUUCAAAAAUGCCAACGAAUUAAAUCUAAGAAGGAAUCCAUUUGAAGAAGCUUGUGAAGUUCAAAAAAUCUUUAUUCGAAACUUCGAAAGUAUCACAUUUCAUGAUGAUGUCUCACUUGAUGACAUGUUAUUGGCCAACAGUAAGAGAGUCGAACUCUACCGUUCAAUAUCUCAAAAACAAUUCAAUCAAUUUCUCAAGCAUUGGAUUCGUGGAUCUAAUCCAAGAUUAGAACGUAUGUCUCUACAAAUCGAUAAAAAUGAUUCCUUGAACGGAGAACUGUAUUUGAAAGGAAUCAACUGCAUGGAAACGAGUGAAAAUGCCAAAAGAGAAAUCCGUCGGGAGCACCACCUGCCAAGUCAUGCUGAUAUUAUUCAAAUCAGACGGAAGGAUGGUACAACUGCAGUGAUUGGGACCAACGAUUCGGGAGAUAUUCUCAAUGUCCGUUUCAUGGUGCUCCACUAA